AUGGCUCUAGAGAAGACUAGAUUCGAAACCAUAACCCCAUCUCGUUUCAUCACCUUCACUUUCCCCAACCCCUCCAACUCAACGACCCUCCUCCGCGUCGCCGUCCUCGACACACCUUUUCAACUCACCGGCUCACCCCGAGUCGCCGCCAUGCUCGUCCCCAAACAACGGGAGUCCGACUGGAUCUUCUCCACCGAGUCCGGUCACCUCCAGCUCCUGCUCAGCUCUCCCGGGAUCGCCCGCCUAAUCCUCACCGGCAACCAGCCCAUCAACAGUCACCAUUCACCGGCAAUCUACCACCGUCCAGCUAGAAACGACUCGUCGUGUGAUGGCGAACUCGGGGUGAGUUUGAAACCUCUUUUCCUUGCUUUAUCUCCUAAGUCUUGCUUCAAACAUGGCAUUCCUGAGAUACCCAUUUUGAGUUAUGAGGAUAAUGUGAUUUGUGGUGUGGUUUUGGAGAGGUGUGUUGGGUCUUUGGUUGGUGAAAUGGUGGUGGAAGAUGUGGAGAUUGAGAGUGGUGGUGAGGCUUCAAAGAGGGAGUUCAGGAGGCGUUUGAGGUUUAAAAGAAUGCCCAAUUUGGUUCAAACGGAGGUACGUAUUGUUCCCAACAUGGGUUUUGGUUUGGAUUAUGUGGAAAUCGGAGAAGUAGAGUUUAGGCUGGAUAAUAGUAUUUUAGUGCACCCUUAUUUGGUUCCUAUGGUGGCAAGUCUUCAGUUGAUUGCUUCUUAUAUUGAGGGUCGGAUUCGAAGUGGGUUUAGGCCGAAAGCUUUGUGUUUAGGAGUUGGGGGUGGAGCUUUGCUUGGAUUUUUAAAAGCCGAACUGGGUUUUCAGGUUGUGGGUGUGGAGGCGGACAAGGAAGUUUUAAGAGUUGCUAGGAAGUAUUUUGGACUGGAAGAUGGUGGCGGUGAGCAUAUCAAUGUUUGCGUUGGAGAUGCAAUAAAAGUUAUUGAGAAACUUGCGGGUCGAGGUAAUGGACAAAGUUCGGGUUCUUUUGGGGCUCAUGAGAUAGUGGAUGAUUGUGCCGUGCUCGAUAGCAAUGACGUUGAUUCUAAAUUUGAUGUAGUGCUAGUUGAUUUAGAUUCAAGUGAUGCUGGAGAUGGUAUAAUUGCUCCGCCAUUUGAGUUUGUUAGGAACGAUGUUCUUUUGGCUGCCAGAUCAGUUCUUUGUGAUAAUGGGAUCCUUGCUAUAAAUGUUAUUCCUCCAAAUAGAUCAUUUUACACAACAUUGAUACAGGAGUUCAGAGAAGUUUUCCACGAGUUAUAUGAAAUCGAUGUUGGAAAUGGGGAAAAUUUUAUUCUUAUUGCUCUUGUGUCCCCUGUUACAUCUUCUACCAGUGAUUGCGAGGAUUGCUUCCUUAAAAAACUAAGAAUGGUUAUAUCAGGAGCAUACAUGAAUUCUAUAAAGAAGAUCUGA